AUGGCAGAGAAGGAAGGAGGCAUUGUGAAGAAAGGGCAUGAAGAAGGCCUGAAAAUGGCAGUCUCUCUUCUUCAAGAAUUUGAACUCCCGGGAGGUCUUCUCCCCCUGGCCAACAUAAUCGAAGUUGGGUAUGUGAAAGAAACUGGGUACAUGUGGAUCGUGCAACAAAAUAAAGUCGAGCACGAGUUCAAGAUGAUAACGAAACUUGUGAGUUAUGAUAGUGAAAUAAAUGGGUACAUUGAGAAGAAGAAGAUAAAGAAGCUCAAGGGAGUGAAGGCCAAAGAGCUCAUGCUGUGGCCUCCUGUUGGUGAAAUCAAAGUCGAUGAUCCACCAACCGGCAAGAUUCACUUCAAAAGUCUCGCCGGGAUCACCAAGACUUUCCCUGUUGAAGCAUUUGACAUUGGCCAGUAG